AUGGCGGAAUGUAAGGAGAUCGAAGUCUACAAACCACCAGAUUUGAACACACGUUUGAAAGAGGAAAAAGAUAUGCUGGAAAGAUAUUUUUGGCCAGAGAAAUACCCAAUCUUGCAUAAAAACAAUGAGCCGUGUCUUGAGCACGAAGUGAAAUUAAAAGAAGACAGGAAUUAUAAGCUUCGUGUUUAUGUGAAUAGCAAGUAUCCUGAUGAGUUGCCAGACUUGGUGGUGUGUGAAUCACCAGAGCCGAUGCCUGACGGCCUUGAUUGGAGUGGAAGCCAUGAUACUCAUACAUUGCCGCCUAAAUGUGGGUUUCUACGAAUCUGUCACUGGCAUUGGGCUGCUUGGACAAGAGAGAACAUGAUUUAUCAG